AUUUAUAUGUGUUAUUAAUUAAUAGAAACUAUACAGCUGGGCAAUGGGAAUCCUUCUAAAGAAGUUUUGCUGUUUGAUUAGUUUGCGUCGUGGCUGUUUUGUCAUUGCCUGCGUCGAUCUUAUAUUUAAUAUGGCUCUUAUCAUUUUUACUAAUGACAAAAUUAUCACACACAUUGAACGCGCUAUGGCCAUUUGCCACUGCAUCGGAUGCGGCAUGCUGCUAAUCGGAGCUUUAGUUCAAUCGACGGUUCUUUUGGUAUUUUAUUUAAUCACCAGCCUGGUAAAUGUAGCUAUCCAUACGUGCAUCAUCGUAAUGGCGUCCAUUGAAUUUGAGCCGAAGCACCUGAUUGUAAUUAUUCCGGGAACCUUUUUAGUAUGCCUAAACUUGUAUAGUUGGCUCGUUGUCUACUCAUAUUUUCGGAAAAUUGACGCUGCCUAUGAGGAACCCGAAUGAGCAAGUUAUAAAAUCUUCAAACUUUUUUAUAUAUUUUCAAUGCUUUACUUAAAAGUAGAAAAAAAGUUUGAGGAUUUUAUACUUGAUGCACACAAAUAUAUAUUUUAUAAGAAAUAAAAACAUAAUAGACGCCAAAUAUACGAUAUAGUAAGAGGG